AUGGCAAACCUCGUGCAGGAGCUCAUGCUAGAGACUCCACCGCGGGCAACGGUUCACUGGUUCACCUCCCCCUCCUCCUCUUGUCUCUGCAUCACUGGUUCACCAGAAAGACAGGAUCUACAGGGCAGCGCCUCCCGCCUUCGCCGCCGGCGCUGCGCCGCCGAGGAGGUGCUGCGCACGAACGACCACGUCCUGGCAUCGCGGCCCCCAUCCGUCGUCCCCGACAUCAUCAUGUACGGCUCGUCUGACAUCGCCUUCGCGCCGUACGGCGAGUACUGGCGGCAGGCGAGGAAGCUCGUCACCACACACAUGCUCAGCGUUAAGAAGGUGCAGUCUUUCCGCAGCGGCGCCAUGGAGGAGGUCAGCAUGGCAAUGGCCAAGAUCAACGAGGCAGCCACAGCCGGUAGUACAGUCGACAUGAGCGAGCUGCUCAACUCAUUCUCGAAUGACAUGGCAUGCCGUAUCGUGUCAGGCAAGUUCUUCCUGAAAGAUGGGCGGAGCAAGUUGUUUCGGGAACUCAUCAACGACUCCUCGCGGCUUCUCGGUGGGUUCAACAUGGAGGAGUACUUCCCAGCAUUGGGUAGGGUAGGAGUGCUUAAGAGGGCGGUUUGUGCCAAGGCCGAAAGAGUGAGAAACAGAUGGGCCGAUCUGCUGGACAAGGUGAUCGAUGAUCGUGUGAGCAAGCGCAAAUCAGUGUCUGAUCACAAGGAUGGCGAUUUCGUAGAUAUUCUACUGUCUCUUCAGCGGGAGUAUGAUCUCACAAGAGAGCACAUGAAAGCUCUCCUCACAGAUGUAUUUUUCGGUGCAACAGACACGUCAGCUAACGUCCUCGAAUUCACCUUGGCUGAGCUCAUGAGGAGGCCACACUUCAUGGGAAAGCUACAAGAUGAAGUGAGGAGUAUCGUACCCCGGGGACAAGAAAUUGUGAGCGAAACUGAAUUGAACAACAUGGUGUACCUACGAGCAGUAAUAAAAGAGUCUCUCAGGCUGUAUCCUAUUGCACCUCUCCUUGCUCCGCACCGUGCCAUGGCUGACUGUACCAUCGAUGGAUACAUGGUUCCUGCAGGGACGCGUGUCAUCGUUAAUGCAUGGGCCAUUGCGAGGGAUUCGAGCUCCUGGGAGGAUGCUGAAGAGUUCAUACCUGAAAGAUUUACAGAUGAAGGCAGUGCUAGGAAUGUCAACUUUAGGGGGAAUGAUUUUCAGUUCUUGCCAUUCGGUGCAGGACGAAGGAUAUGCCCUGGUAUAAACCUCGGAAUCGCCAAUGUUGAGCUUAUGUUGGCAAACAUCGUGAACCAUUUUGACUGGGAACUUCCGAUUGGGGUUGAGAGAAAAGAUAUCGAUAUGACAGAGGUGUUUGAGAUAAGCAUUCGUAGGAAGGAGAAAAUAUUGUUGAUUCCAAAGUCACGCAUAUGA